AUUGCAGGGCGCGUCCGUGUGAAUCGAGUGUGUGAGAGCGAAGGACCGCAUCAUCACCUCUCAUUCAAUUUUCCUCCUUACACGCUGACUAAUACAGAGACGCUGCGAUGGCCUCUGGAGUUACAGUUCAAGAGAAUGUGCUGACAAUCUUCAAUGAAAUGAAGGUGCGCAAGGCACAUUCCAAUAAUGAGGAGAGAAGGAAGAGGAAGAAGGCUGUGCUGUUCUGCCUGAGUGAUGACAAAAAGCAAAUCAUCAUUGAAGAAGGCCGUGAGAUCCUGCAAGGUGAUGAGGGAGAUCCCUACCUGGAGUUUAUCAAGAUGUUGCCCCCUGAAGACUGCCGUUAUGCUCUAUAUGACGCCACAUAUGAGACUCGUGAGACCAAGAAGGAGGACCUUGUAUUCAUCUUUUGGGCCCCAGAGUGUGCUCCACUCAAGAGCAAGAUGAUCUAUGCCAGCUCCAAGGAUGCAAUCAAGAAGAAAUUCACAGGUAUCAAGCAUGAGUGGCAAUUGAAUUGUUUGGAGGACAUCAAGGACCGAAAGGCUCUUGCAGAGAAGCUUGGGGGCUCUUCAGUGGUCAGUCUUGAAGGGAAGCCUCUGUGUGACUGAGGCCAAUACUCUAGUGGGAUAGAGCUGUAUAGCUGUUCAUUUCAACAUGGGUAGGACAAGGGUAUAUGGCAUUGAUGCCAGUGGGAGGGUUCUAGUGGGUGGGGUGGGUUUGGAAAAAGGUGAUGUUUCCAAUCUCCACAAAUUUGGCUGUCAUUCCAUUUCACACAUACAAGAAUGAAGUAAAUCACUUAAAAUGAAGGUUUAUUAUUAUAACUGUACAUGUGCAGGCAGGUUUUGUUUUCUGGUUUUUAGAUUGUUUAUGGAAGCUGAAGCAGAACAGCAGCUAUUAAACUAUUGAAUCUGCAAAAUACUGUUCACAUUUACACAAUGGAUUUUUUUUUUUUGCCAAACUUAAUUUUUUGUAAGUGUGUAUGUAAUUGAGAUGAGGUGUAGUACAAAACAGAUUACUCAAGAAGUGAUUGCACAAGAUGCAUCAAGAUCAUUUUGGGAACAUGAAUAUUCUUCUCAUUCCCCCGUCCUUGUUUUACAGUCCCAAGUGUUUUAAUGAUUCCAGCUCUCAUUUCAAACAUCUUGAAAUCUGAUUCCAAAUUAUAGCACUGGUGUCAAUAUUCACAUUCCUUAAAUGCAAACAUUCUGGAUCUAAUGAAGGUUUGAGAUGAAGGAAGAGUGAGGAGCGAUGCAUUGGGACAACCUGUGUACAGAGCUCAAAAGAUAUUGCAUAGUGGAUGUUUUGUAUCGUCUCCUGAUCUCUAAUAAAGGCACUAAACAAC